GGUUACAGUAGGCGCUGCUGUGGAAAGCGAUGCUAACACAAGACUGAACUGCAGCAAGUUAAUAAAUGUUUUUACGAAUUUGCUGUAAAACGCGGAGCUGUUGGUUUAAUAACCAGUUAGACUACUGUUGCCGUUGAGGGAGUUUGAUGGUUGUAGCUCGCUGGUUUUGCUAAACUAGACAGUUAGCUUGCUAGCUAGGACACAGUAGAAGCUAGCUGGCUAGCUAGCUAAUUUAGGGCUAACAUACUCUUUUAAGGUAAUACACAGCGUGCUGCUACAAUGUGGACCAGCUGAGUGUUCACACACCCAACUAAAACAGCUCAAUGGGGAAAAGGAAAGACAUGAUUCACCCAAGGUUUCUUGUAGGAGAUGAAGAUGACUAUAGUGCCCACAGGAAGAAACAUAAAAAGCACAAGAAACAUAAAAAAAAGCAUCACCGCGAUGAUGGACACAGCUUCUCCUCCGAGGCUCUAGAAUCAGACUCUGGCAUUGUGCUAAAACCUCCGCAGCUGAAGCUAAAGAUCAAAUUAGGAGGACAGACACUGGGCACCAAGAGUGUGCCAACUUUUACGGUGGUUCCAGAGGCUCUGCAGUCCCUGUCUCCUUUGAUUGUGGAUAGUGAUGAUGACGACUCUGAUGACGAAGAUGAUGAUGAGCCAUCAGAAGGAGUACCUAUUGAGCAGUACAGAGCCUGGCUGGAUGAGGACAGUAACCUGGACCCUUCUCCUCUGCCAGACAUGGACACAGAUUCGUUUGUGGAAGGUCCCUUAGAUGAGGAGGAGAAGUGGCUUGAUGCACUGGAGAAAGGAGAACUGGAUGAUAAUGGAGAGCUCAAGAAGGAGAUAGAUGAGUCUCUUCUCACUGCCAGACAGAAAGCGCUCUUACACAAGCAGCAGAGCCAGCCUCUACUGGAGCUGCCCAUGGGCUACAAAGAGAAGGAGAUGACUGCAGAGAUGCUGCAAAAGCGUGAAGAACGAGCACGUAAGAGACGGCUCCAGGCUGCCAAAAAGGCAGAGGAGAACAAGAACCAGACUAUUGAGAGGCUCACCAAGACCAGCAAGGCCAAGAUCAAAAGCAUGAAAGAGCGAAAGUCCAAGCAGGCACAAGUACCCAUGGUGCGAUACUUGGAUUCUGCCCAGGGGGCAGCCAUCUCUUACCCAGUUGGGGUGCCUGCUCCAGCCCCUGGCCCUCCAUUGCUGCUGCCUCCAGCUCCAGUGAACUGUGGUGUUUCUGGAUGCACCAAUCUGAAGAAGUACUCCUGCUCCAAGACUGGGACUCCACUCUGCAGUUUGGACUGCUAUAAGAAGAACAUGUUGCUUGUGCAAAGUGCAGCUUGAAGAGCUUACGUAACCCAUAACACAGCUGUCAGUAAACUAACUCAGAUUAGGAGUUUGUAGAUUUACAAUGUGUACAGUGCAGGAUUUUUCAGUAGUGGGACAUUCUGGAUUGCACAGACUGCAGAAUAAAAUUCUUUAUUGUUCCUUUAAAUGUACAUUUUUGACCAGUGUUAAAAUCCACAGAGAUUUGCUUGCUCACCUUCAGCAACCUUUUUUUCAAUGCUUCAAAAUGUAAUUCAUUAACUUAAUUUUUUUUUUUUCAUUUAUUUUUAACUCAAUGACUCGUGAGUGAAGUUUAUUUGAUGUUUUUUUACUUUUUAACUUUAGUUAACAAGGAGAACUUGGACUCUGAUCCAGGAUCCACAGGCCUUUUGUAAAUAUUCUUUUUAACCAUGUGAUACAAAGAAAUCUCUCCCAGUCUUUAUUCUGCUGAGAAUAUUUAAAUGUAUAUUUUCAUUUGAUGCAAUUAUGUUAAACAUUCAAAAGUAAACAGUGUGCUAAAUCAAUAUAGACAUGAA